AUGCUGAAAGCUGCAGAUGAUAUUAUGGACCAGGAGGACUCUAUUUCUCAAAGUGGAGAAAUGACAAGCUGGGAUAUCAAUGACAUCAAACUGCCUCAGGAUGUGAAACAAACAGAUUGGUUUCAGGAAUGGCCAGAUUCCUAUGUAAAGCAUAUCUAUAGCUCGGAUGAUAAAAAUGCUCAGAGGCACCUGAGUAGCUGGGCAAUGAGAAACACCAAUAACCACAACUCUCGCAUCUUAAAAAAGUCCUGCCUUGGGGUAGUGGUCUGCAGCAAUGACUGCUCAGCUGCAGAUGGGAGGAAGAUAUAUCUGAGACCAGCCAUAUGUGAUAAAGCCAGGCAAAAACAGCAACGGAAAUGCUGUCCAAACUGCAGUGGACCUUUAAAGCUUAUUUCCUGUCGAGGCCAUGGUGGGUACCCUGUCACCAACUUCUGGAGGCAUGAAGGGCCAUUCAUAUUUUUUCAGUCUAAGGGGGCCCAUGAUCACCCCAGGCCAGAAACAAAACUAGAAGCAGAAGCAAGAAGAUCAAUACAGAAAUCACAGACAGCUGUUUCUCCCACCUCUCCAAGACUAAAAAGAUGCCGGGAGGUUGAGUCCCUGACAGGUGAGAUGCAAAGUCAAGAAGCUUGGCCUUUACUUCUUUCCAAUCAGGAAAACUACGUAUCACCCUGUAGUUUUAAUGGACAUUUAAUAGACAAAAACCCUCCAGAGCAAAUAAUGAAUAACUGUUUGUCUCUUGCCAAAAACUAUGGUUUUGGAAGAUCCCCUUACCUAACAGAACACUCUCAGGACAUAGGAUCUAACAAAUACUAUGAGAAGUGCAAAGAAAUUGGCAGCAGGGAGCAUGACAGCAGAGACCUGUCUGGACCUUCUGUGUGCAAUAUGUAUGCUGACUAUGGAGAGCCACAACCCUGGAAUAAGAACACUACCCUAGAAAGGAAUCCAUGUACUGACAAGUGUUGCAAUGGUUCUACUUUAUCUUUGGCUGAUCUGCAUUGUGAAAUUGUUUCUUCACAAAACUGUAUGGACUCCAGUAUCCAACAUGUUCCCAAUAUACCACCUACAACAAAGGCUGGCUACCAUCCUUCCAGGCCUAACCCAGGCCUGUCUGGAGAUGAUUUUUAUGAAGGGAAAUUGCAUGUGAAUUACAACAGCAGCUACAUCCCUUCCUCUUUCUACCAUCUCUCUUCGGAGGAUCCCUACCUCAUUAUGAAUUCUGCACAUCACCAUCAACAGCCUUCGCCACUCACGAAAGGAAACGAAUGGGACUUUGAAGAAGAAAGAAAAUACACCAAUCUGGAUUACUGCAACAAUGAAAUGAUUUUUAGUCUCUAUCCUUUACGAUGA